AUGACAAGUAUCAGACCAGCAAGUCACGCCGGUAGCUGGUAUUCCAAGGAUAAGAAUACCCUCGACAGCGAGUUAUCAGGAUAUCUGUCCCAGGUACCUUCAACCAUUGAUGGUAUCGGCGAGAUUCCUCCAGCAGGAGCUAGAGUAAUUAUUGCACCGCACGCGGGGUACUCCUACUCCGGCCCCGCUGCGGCAUGGGCAUAUAAAUCUCUAAACCUUACAAACAUAAAACGAGUCUUCAUCCUCGGCCCUUCCCACCACAUCUAUAUUAACGGCUGUGCUGUAAGCUCCCACGGAGCCUACGCCACCCCACUUGGUCCCCUUCCCAUAGACACCAAAGCAACCCUCGAUCUCAUCAAGACCAACUCUUUCAGCUUCAUGAACCAGGUCGUCGACUCCGAUGAACACAGUAUAGAAAUGCAUCUCCCAUACACCUACAAAAUGCUCUCCACCUUCUUCGGUCCCACGGACAUCCCACCCAUAGUCCCCAUCCUCGUGGGAGCCAUAAACACCGAAACCGAGGAAAAAUAUGGAAAAAUCCUAUCAACACACCUAGACGAUCCCGAAAAUGCAUUUAUCGUUUCUUCGGAUUUUUGUCAUUGGGGUAGUAGGUUUAGUUAUCAAUAUUACAUCCCCCAGCCGGGUAAGGAUGGUAUGAGUUUGAAAUCAAGGGGGCAUAGGGUUCCCGAGGGAGGGCAGGAGAUAUGGAAGUCCAUCGAAGGGUUGGAUCAAGCGGCAAUUGAGGCUAUUGAAUCGGGAAAACACGAAAAUUUUGUGGAUUAUUUGAGCCAUACGAGGAAUACGGUUUGUGGAAGACAUCCUAUCGGGGUUAUCAUGGCGGGUUUGGAAGAGGUGCUUAAGAUUAGGGCGGAGAGAGGGGAGGAUGUGGAGGGGAAAGGGUUGUUUAAGUUUGUGAGGUACGAACAGAGUAGUCAGUGUAAGAGUGUGGAGGAUAGUAGUGUUAGUUAUGCUAGCGCUUUUGCGGUUUUGUGA